UUUGGGUGCAGAUCAGGGUGGAAUCUGGGUUGCGGGUUUGGUCGCAGUUCUCGGUGCAGGCCGGGGUACGUGCUGUGUUUGGUCGGGGUGCACUCGGGCUGCGGGUCUGCGUUCAGCUCGGGGUGCGGGUUUAAGGCGCAGUUUGGGAUGCAUGUUUGGGUGGAGGUGGAGGUGGAAUUUUGGUUGCAGUUCCGGGUGCAGGUCGGGGUGGAAGCAGGGCGCGGGGAUGGACGAGCGGCUGCGGGAGCUGCGGCUGCGGGAGGAGCGGACCUUCCUGAGCAGCGUGGAGCGGGGGGGCGCGGCCGAGCAGCCCCCCGGCCGCCGGCACAGCCGGGCCCCCGCCAUCGUCCCCGAGCCCCUGCCCAGCGACGCCGCGCUCCGCCUGCCCGGCAGCCCCACGUCCCGCAGGGACCGGGAGCUGAUCGCGGAGGCGGUGGGACGCAGCCAGUUCCUGCGGCGGCUGGGCGAGGGCUGCCCCGAGGCGCUGGCCCGGAGCCUGGCCCCGGUCCGGCACGGCCCCGGUGACACCGUGCUGGCCGAGGGCGACGAGGGCACCGCCAUGUACAUCGUGGCAGAGGGCCAGCUGAGCGUGAGCCAGCACGGCCGGCAGCUCCGCACGCUGGGCCCGGGGGACGUCUUCGGGGAGCUGGCCAUCCUCUACCACUGCAGGCGCACGGCCACCGUGCGGGCGCUCGGCCCCGUGCGCCUCUGGGCCAUCGACCGGCAGCGGUACCGAGCCAUGGCCACCAGCCACGCCAAGCAGCGGCGAGCCGAGCUCCUGGGCUCCCUGCGGACGGUGCCGUGGCUGCGGGAGCUCUCGGAGCGGCACCUCCACAAGCUGCUGGACGCCAUGGAGGAGUGCACCUUCGCGCCCGGUGACGUCAUCAUCCGCGAAGGGGACGAGGGGGAAAACUUCUACAUCAUCCUGAAGGGAGAGGUGCGAGUGACCCAGCGGGCGGGGGGGCGGCAGAAGCUGAUCCGCGUCCUGGGCGCCGGGCAGCAUUUCGGGGAGCUCUCGCUGAUGACGAACAGCCGCCGGACGGCGUCGUGCCAGGCCCAGGGACACGUCACCUGCGUCACCGUGGCCAAGGACGACUUCCUUGAGAUCAGCCCCUUCUGCCCCCGGCAGCUCCCGGAGCCAGACACGACAGAGACGGAGGGACCAGGACCCGAGGAGCCAGAGCAGGGCUGGGGGUCCCCGAGCCUGCGGCAGCCCCCGGCGCCCGCGCGGCUGGAGGACCUGGUGGCCGUGCGCUACGAGGAGGGGCAGCAGCAGGGCCAGCGCGUCGUCCUGGGCACCGGCGGCUUCGGCCGUGUCGAGCUGGUGCGUUGCCGGGAGCGUCUCUUCGCGCUGAAGCGGAUCCGCAAGGACUGGGUGGUGCGGACGCGGCAGCAGGAGCACGUGCGCACCGAGCGGCGGGUGCUGGCGGGCAGCCGCAGCCCCUUCAUCGUGGGGUUUUUUCGCACGUUCCGGGACGGGCAACACGUCUACCUGCUGCUGGAGUUCUGCCAGGGCGGCGAGCUGUGGACCAAGCUGCGCGAGAGGCGCUGCUUUGAGGAGCCGCUGGCCGUGUUCUGCUGCGCCUGCGUGGUGGAGGCCCUCGAGUACCUGCACGGACGCGGCAUCGUCUACCGCGACCUGAAGCCCGAGAACCUCAUGCUGGACCGGCGCGGCUACGUCAAGCUGGUGGACUUCGGCUUCGCCAAGGAGCUGGGGCGGGGGGAGAAGAGCUUCUCCUUCUGCGGGACCCCCGAGUACCUGGCGCCCGAGAUGCUGCGCCAGGAGGGCCACGACUUCGCCGUCGACUUCUGGAUGCUGGGCAUCCUGGCCUUCGAGCUGCUGGUGGGCAGGCCCCCCUUCCACAGCGCGGACCCCCGGCAGAUCUACAGCCGCAUCCUGGACGGCGUCUUCUCCUUCCCCGCCUUCCUCGGGGAGGCCGCCUGCUCCCUCAUCAGCAAGCUCUGCAGGCGCCGUCCAGGGCAGCGCCUGGGGAACACGGCCAGCGGCAUCCGCGGCAUCAAGAAGCACAGGUGGUUCGGAGCCCUGAAGUGGCAGAAGCUCUCGCUGCGGCAGCUGGAGGCGCCCACCCUGCGCCUCAUCAAGGAGGGCCCCCCCUACGUCAACUUCAAGCGUUUCUCGGUGGACCGCACGCCGGCGGAGGACGAGUUCUCGGGCUGGGACGAGGAUUUCUGAGGGCAGCGGGACCCCCCCGGCCGUGCCCCCUCCCCUGCGACGGGGCGA